CUGCGAGCUGGAACUGAAGUGAGAAUGGCUUCCUAUAAAAGGUAGAAACUAGUCAAUACGGCUUUGUAUCACACUUGACAUUUUAUUGAAAACAUCAAGAUGUUGUUGUUUAAAUUAAGUCUUGUGAUACUUCUUUGUGAAGAUGUUUUUGGGUAUUGGAAUCCCAACAGAAUCUCUAUUCUAACGGCACCCAACAAGACGAAAAAACCUUGGAAAAAGACAACCAUUCAACCGACUACUGAAGAAAAUAUUACGUCAGGGAAAACCACACCAACAGAAGAAAAUACCUCACCAGAAAUAAUAAGUACAACUGAGGCCUUACCACCUUCCACGGAAUCGCCUGCUGUGUGCACCACGAGUUUACAUAGCAAAGACGACCUGUUACUUAUAAUUAAUUUCUUGGAAAAGGAUAAGAAAAUUUAUGAUAACAUAAUUACCAGUUUCCGGUCGGAAGCGGAAAAUGUGCGUGAUAAACACUUAGGUGAACUUGAAGCCUUCCAUAAGUGGUUCCAAAAUAGACCAAUGCAUUUAAAACACAUCCUUAAUGAAAUUAAAAAGACACGUCAAGAGUUACUGCCGCUGGUCGAAAAUAUUUCUGAAUCAUUAAAACAAUAUCCUGAACUACGAGAUACAUUUGAAGAAAGUCAAGCAAGCGUGGCCAAAGUGUUCAAUAACUUGGAAAGGCAGAAACAAAUAUGUAAACUUUUGUGUGAAAAUGAAGAGUUACAUGAUCGACAGAUGAUCCUUAAAGAAGAUAUAUUUUACGAUAAAAAUGAAUUUUACUGUGGGUCAAUAGCAGAAGUUCACCAUGAGAUACAGUCCAAAUUACUUAACUUUUCCGCAGACCAACAACAAGCCUUGAAAGCCAAAUUAGAUCAUGAUGACGUCCAGUACGACAACAAAUUAGAAGAACUGAAAAAAACACUAAAGAAUGUAGCACUGAAUGAAUUUGGUUUCACUAUGUACGAUAUUUUGAACUUGCAAGAUUCUUACUAUCACUUUUCAAAUGAAAUUCAUAAUGCAAGUGUAAAAGAAACUCUUGAUGGAAUUAAACAAAAUAUUGCAAUAAUUAAACCAGAAAUGCUCGCAUUGGAAAUGUCCGUACAAAAACUCGCAAAACAUUGUACAAGUUGCAGUAAUAGUCUCAACUUUGUGUCGCGGCAAUCUCUUCAUUCAAAAGAGCAACAAACAAAGGAUGAGCCCAGCCCUAAAAACAAUAAUAUAUUGCAUGAAGUGUUGGCUGCAAAGUUACAAAGUCUUGAAGAUAACAUUAAAGAUAAUUACACAUCCAUUUUCGAUGUCCUCGAUCAAAAAAUAAAAGAAGCCAAUUCAACUAAUGUCUACAUUGACGAUAUCAAGCAAGUACAAGCAGAAGUUGUUGCAGCAACUAAAGCAGAACAUGAUGAGUUAGCAAAACUUAAACUUACUAUUCCCACGCAAAACCGCACGAACUUGUUACGACUAGACAAAGAAGUAAAGGAUUUACUAGAAAAAAUCAAAGCAGAUAUACAUUUUGUUGAAGAAUACCAUAAUUAAUAUGAAAAUCAUUAAGAACUUCUUCCUAAAAUAGUAUGUUACG